AUGACAACUAUAUCCACACGAGGUGAAUCCGAACAGUCUGAACACCAUGUCGAGACAAUUCCAAGUUCUCUAAUGGAUGAUGACCAUGGUGAAACUGCCGAGGUACACAUUACAGGUGAUUGUGAUAAUGUCGAAGGUGAAAUUGCUAUAGUUUCAGGGAAGAAAAGAUCCAUAGUGUGGAACCACUUUGAAAAGAAAAAGAUAAAAGGGGAAGACAAAGCAGUUUGCAAAUAUUGUCAUAAACCAUUAGGAGGAAAAAGCACAAAUGGGACUAAGCAUCUACACGCACACAUGAAAAGAUGUCCUCUACGUAAACAGCAAGAUAUAAGACAAUCAAUAAUCACUCCGAGUAAAAAAAGUGACGGAAGAAGUCAGCUUAACACGUACAGUUUUGAUCAAUCGUUCGCUAGGAAGGAACUUGCUUAUAUGAUAAUCAUACACGAGUAUCCGCUUUCCAUCGUUGAACAUGCCGGAUUUAGACGAUAUUCAAAUGCGCUUCAACCGUUGUUUAAGGUGGUAUCUCGGACCACAAUUAAAAGGGAUAUCCUUAAAAUCUAUGAUGAAGAAAAAAAUAAAACAAUGGAGGUGCUACAAAAACAUCAAGGUAAAAUUGCGUUGACUACUGAUAUGUGGACUAGUAAGCAAAAAAAAGGAUACAUGGUUAUUACGGCUCAUUUCAUCGAUGAAUCGUGGAUCUUGUAA